GCGUCAUUACGUCUGUGCGUGCUAGGUCAUCGCCGCCGGUGCGCUUCCUUCAUCCGGGUAGUGGUAGGAGUUGGGUUGUAUAUUUGUAGAGCUGCUGCUGCUGCUGAUCCUCGCUGUGCGGUGAGUUGUCUGAGAUGGAGCGGUUGCGGGGCUGGACUGGGCGGCUGCUGCUGCAGGUGCUGCUGUGCGGCUGGGUCUGGGGCUCCGAGCUCACCUUCGAGCUUCCAGACAACGCCAAGCAGUGUUUCUACGAGGACAUUACAAUAGGGACGAAGUGCACCCUCGAGUUUCAGGUUGUGACAGGGGGUCAUUAUGAUGUUGACUGUCGUCUGGAGGAUCCAGAUGGAACUGUUCUCUACAAAGAGAUGAAGAAGCAGUAUGACAGCUUUACUUUCACAGCUGCCAAAAAUGGCACCUACAAGUUCUGCUUCAGUAAUGAGUUCUCCACCUUUACCCACAAGACUGUAUACUUUGACUUUCAAGUUGGUGAAGACCCUCCUCUCUUCCCCAAUGAAAACAGAGUGACUGCACUCACUCAGAUGGAAUCAGCAUGUGUCUCCAUCCACGAGGCCCUGAAGUCUGUGAUUGAUUAUCAGACGCACUUCCGUCUGAGGGAGGCUCAGGGCCGCAGCAGAGCAGAGGACCUCAACACCAGAGUAGCUUUCUGGUCCAUUGGCGAGGCAUUCAUCCUGCUGGUGGUCAGUAUUAGCCAAGUCGUUCUGCUGAGGAGCUUCUUUUCAGACAAGAAAACCACCACAACUCGCGUGGGAUCCUAACGCCCCUAGGUCACCACUGAUUUCAGUCACUCUCUUUACACACAUGGGACUAAAGACAGCCACAGAUGUCAUGGUUCAUUCUCUAUUUUAGAACUCCGUACUCUGUAAGAUUAUUUAAAGAUGUUAUUGUUUGGCCUCGCAUCUUUUAGCCCUGCUUAUGGAUUUAGGUUUCAUAUCCGGCAAGUGAUAUUUUCAAUGUUAAAAAGUAAACGUCUUAAUUUAUUAUGUGAGUGUGUGUUUCAUUUUUACACUGUAAGCAAACAUUAAAGGUUAAUUCUGUUCAUUGGGUAAUUGGAAAAUGAAUCUACUUAACACACACUUAGCUUUUCAAAUAUUGAAAACUGCUGAUGGUGCUGACAGUGUUAAACAUGUUGGAAUAAAAAGAUAGUUUAUAGUCAGAGUGAAGGAUUUCGGGACUUUUAGUUCCAUGAAAAGAAGGUAAUUUGCAUUGUUUUUUUAUUAUUAAGUGUUGCUUCUCAUGUCUUCUAAUGUUUAGCUUUUGCUGUGUUAAAUCAAAUCCCACGUUAUCUUCGUGUAGUGGUGUAGGCACAUAUACUAUUUUCUGUUGUCAACUGCUAGUUUGUGCUCAGCUGUUACAUUCUUGAAAUACAUUUGUGGUCUAGGUUGGCUUAAACUUUUCAAAGCAAAAUAUAGAAACCAGGCAUUUUUAGAAAGCAAAAUCAUUUUAGUUUUGUAUUAGUCAUAAAACAUGAGAUUCUCUUCAUUAUGACUCAUUUUCUUACCGUACUUCUUUGUGUGUGGUGUUAGUUUUGGCCAAAUGCAGGCAAUUGUUGAUUAUGCAACAACACUCCAAAAUGUUUAAUAUUAAGCUACAUUUUGGCACAAAACUACUUUUCUUUUCAGUCUCUUAUAUGAUUGCAGACACAUAAAAACAGUAUCUCAGGCCCUCUACCUAGAGAACCGCGUUCAGGCGGAGUUCACCUGCAGCUCUAAUUAAACACAACUUGCUUUCAGCAUUCGGGUGUUCUUGAAAACAUAAAUAAGGUACAUCAGAUGAACGCCAGCAUAAGGGUGGUUCUACUUGGGAUCUACAGACUGCUUUUUUUACAUAACAGUACACAAAAUUAUGUGAUGUCAGAAGCACUGGAUAUUUUUAUGAAUAGGGUCAUGGGGGAGGGGGGGGGGGGGGGAAUAAGAUUUCAUGUGUAAAAAAAAAAGAAAAAAAGGACAUUUCAUUAAGCAAAGGAUAAUCUUUCGGUGACCAGAAGUUUUUUUUGUCCUAUGAGUCAUUUUAAAAGCUGCAGACAGAAUGUUUCACACACUACAGCCCAUAUGCAUGAAUGUAAGGAAGCCUUAGUACUGCAGCAGAGACACCUUCACUCUGAAGAGAUCUGUCAAUUUCUUGGUGGCCAUUAUCAGUCCAAAGGCCAUUAUCCAACAAAAAUUAAAAUGUAUAUUGAUCUGAUUGUCAAAAAAUUUGUUUGUUUUAUUGGUGACUAAUAUCUACAACUUGUGAUGAAAAAUAUAUAGUUAAAACUGUUAGCCACAAUUGUAAACUCUGGUUUAGGUGACAUGAUUUGGCUAAGUAUGGGUUAAGUGGUACAUAAAAUACAUAUUGAUCAUUGUCUAGAAGUUUAUGUUCACAGUUGUUAUUCAUGAAACUGCUUCACUGAAGCGUGUUCCAGUUCUUAACAUAUAUUUUCCUCACAGAUUCAUUGUACACUGGUUUAUUUCUGUGAAUUUCAAGCUGAUAAACAAGACCUCUUGUAUGCUUCUAUACAUCACUAGCCACUCUGUGGUUUUACAGUGUGUGAUUUCUAGUGUACAGAAUGAAUAAAUCUGAGAUCCACA